AUGAAAGACUACGGCGAUGAGCUUACGAAAGGGCCGUGGACACCCGAGGAGGACGCGCUGCUGCUGCGCUGCGUCGCCAAGCACGGCCCCAAGAACUGGAGCCUCAUAGCUAGAAGCAUUCCAGGGCGCACGGGAAAGAGCUGCCGCCUCAGGUGGUUGAACCAGCUUAACCCCAAUGUGAAGAAGGAGCCUUUCAGUGGGGAGGAGGACGCCAUCAUAAUGGCGGCCCACACGCUGCUGGGCAACAAGUGGGCAUCCAUCUCAAAGCUGCUGGUCGGAAGGACGGACAAUUCAGUGAAGAACCACUGGAACUCGACCCUCAAGCGGCGGCGCGGCGAGUACGUGCGGGGCGGCCCUCUGGACGUGUCUGAGCUGGCGGCGGCGAUAGAGGUCCAUCUAAGCCAGCGCGGGCUCGACCCAGUGGCAGACCCUGACGAGGACGGCGCGGACACCAACCCUGUGAUCCCUCUACUGACGCGCUUUGCCGCAAAGCCCGGCGAUCCACGCGCGCGGCCCCCCUCGGCCGGCCCGCGCCCCGGCGCCGCGGCGCUGCUGGGCGCCGGCUCCGGCGACGACGGGCGCGGCGGCGGCAUGAGGCUGCCGCUGGGGCUGCUGGGCGACUUUGGCGCGGGCGCGGGGCCGUCGGGGCGCGGGGGCCAGCGGGGGCCGCACAUGCAGUGGGAGGAGGUGGAGGAGGAGGAGGGGGACGAGGAGGAUGAUGGGGAGGAUGAGGAGGGUGGCGGCGGCGGCGGCUAUGGAGGCGGCGGCCCGCGCGGCAUGCGGCAUGCAUCUUCUGGUCUUGACGCGGUCGCUGCGGCAGCUGCCGCGGCCGCGGCGGAGCUGCAGCACGGCGGCGGCGGCGGCGGCGGCGGCGGCGGCGGCGGCGGCGCGGACGCGGCGGCCGGCAACGGCGACAGCAGCAGCGGGAGCGGCCGGGAGGAGGGCGCGAUCGCGGCGGCGGCGGCUGCGGUGGCGGCGGAGGCGAUGCGGCGUCGGCGAUGA